AUGCGCGCGUGCGGCGCAGAGGCUGCGGGUGUGGCGGCGCAGACGACGCGGAGGAGACGCGCGGUUGAUGGGGCGGAGGAGGAGGAGCGCGAGGAGGAGCAGGAGGCAGCGGCGGAAGGAGAAGACGAGGAGGAGAAGAAGGACGAGGCAGCAUCACCUCCGGCCACACCCUGUCUGCUAACCCUAGCAGAAUCACCCACGGCCUUCACAUUCCAAGCGCACCCGCACUCCGACGACCCGCAAGCCACGGCCUUCUGGCUGUCCUCUCUCCGCCCGGUACCGCGCCUCACCGCAUCAGUCCUCCUCUCAGACAUCGAGUCGCGCGUCGCCACCAUCCGCCGCAGACGGCCGCCCGUCACCGAGGCCUCCCUUCACACGGUCGUCUUCUUCCUCGCUCUCGGCCUCACCCCCUCGCGUGUACUCGACCUCUUCUCCCGGGUGCCCUCGCUUCUCAAGAGCCGCUGGGACCGGGACCUGUUGCCCAAGUUUCACCUGCUGCUGGCAGCAGGGGUAGAGCUGCCGUCCGUCUUCUCAGCUCUCAACUCAAUCCCCAACUGGCUGCGCUGUGAGACGCGCGGGCUGGCGGGCGUGGUGGGGUUCCUGCAGGCCAUGGGCGUGCGGAGGGAGAAGAUGAGCAGCAUUGUGAGGCGCGCGCCUGCCGUGUUGCAGUAUGACGCGAACAACAACCUCUGGGCGUGGGCUGAGGCGCUGUCUGGGCUAAUCAUGCAAGAGGACAUGGGCGAUGGGGAUGAGGAGGCGGAGGAGAGCGAGGAGGAGUGGGGUGAGGGAGGGGGUGCGGUGGAUGGGGAGGAAUUGGGGGUGGUGGAAGGGGAACAGGGAGGAACAGCGGUGCCAGGGAUAGCUUCUGAUCAAGAAUCUGUGGUACUGGCCCCAGCCAGUGCAGGAUCAACUGCAGGACAAGCGGCCGAUGCACACACAGAGCUAACGCCAACACCAGCAUCUGCCAAAGACGCAGCAGAGACAGAGAGCCAGGCAGGCACAGGGAUGAAACCCGAGGGCCCGGCGUCAAUAUCCCCGCAGCUGCAGGCGGCCAUGGAGCGGCGUGUGUUCGGGCAGUUCAUCGAGAAGUACCCGCGUAUCAUGUCCAACUCCGCGCCCUUCAUCACCCACCGCGUGCGCCUCCUCUGCUCACCUGCUUUCGGCCUGCGCCUGCCCAAGCUGCUGCGCAGCGCCAACCUGCUGGGCAUCAAGGAGGAGAAGCUGAGAGCCGCUCUGGCGUUUCUGGAGCGGGAGGUGGCGUGGAGCAGUGAAGAUCUGCGCAUGAUUGUGAAUGCACAGCCGACUAUUCUGGGACUGGACCCGGAGAAUCUCAAGGAGAAGGUGCUGUGUGUGACUAGACUGCUGGAUGGGCCUGGUUACGCUGCUGGUGCUGUGGGCGUUGCUGGUGGCGGUGCUGGUGUGGGGAAUGCAAGAGAACAACAAGCCCCAGUAACACCAUCUUCAGCUGCACCGGCUGUGGCAUCUUCACCUGCUGAAGCAUCAACAACAGAAUCAGCAGCAGCAGCAGCACGGUCGCGGCACACGCGUUCGUCCAUCUGUGGGCCAGCAGCACGAGACGCCUUCCACGUGUACCCGUCCCUGUUGGCCACCAGUGUGAGCACGUUAGAGGACACCUUCUCCCACUUCCAAGCCCGCUUUCCCCCUGAUGCCGUGCGCUCCCUCCUCUCCACCUACCCGUAUCUCCUCUCGCGCAAGUGGGAGCGCAAUCUGGGCCCAAAACUGGACUAUCUGGUGGAGGAGACAGGGCUGGAUGCUAGUGAGGUGCUGCAUUAUCCGCUCUAUUUCACACACAGCCUUGAGCGGCGGAUCAAACCUCGGAUUUCAGCGUUUCAAGCAGCGGGGUAUCGAUUGGUGUCCGCUGCAGCGGGGGCACAGGGGGGAGGGGAGGAGGGGGAAGGGGACGGGGAGGGAGGGGAGGAGAAGGGUUGGGUGAGGAGUAGAGGGCGGCCGUCGAGGGCCAACAGCGGGGAGUGGAUGCGGCAUGGUGUGUUGCUGACCACUCUGCUCCACUGCACAGAUGCUGAAUUCGUGAAGAAGUUUGGGGUUCGCCUAGGGGUGCCGAGGGAUUAG